AUGGACGCUAUUAUGUAUAAAUUUUUGCAGACGGGUACACGAGUUCAGGUGUGGCUAUAUGAACAAGUAAACCUUAGGAUUGAAGGCAGGAUCAUUGGAUUUGAUGAAUAUAUGAAUCUAGUCCUUGCUGAAGCAUGUGAAAGGCAUAUGAAAUCAAAUGCGGUUAAACCUAUAGGUAAAUUCUUUUGUUUGAUUGUAUGCAUUUUAGGACGUAUUUUGCUUAAAGGUGAAACUAUUACUCUGGUCCAACCCUUGCAAUAA